CACUCCAGGCAGCCAAGUCACAGCCUCCGGGGCACCUUCAGGCAAGUGGGUGGUGGGUCCAGAACUCGGAGACCAGAAAGUGAACUUCUGGGCAGAGAUGGCCCUGCAGAGCCAGGUGUGGUCUCUGGCCACACCCAUGCCCAUGGCGGAGAGCUCCCUCUACCGGCAGCGGCUAGAAGUAAUCGCUGAGAAGCGGCGGCUGCAGGAAGAGAUCCGCGCCGCGCGCCGGGAGCUGGAGGAGGAGAAACUCCGCGUGGAGCGUCUCAAGAGGAAGUCUCUCCGGGAACGUUGGCUAAUGGAUGGGGCAGCUGCAGUGCCAGAGCCAUCUGAAGACCCCACCUCGAAGGACCCCCAGUCACCCGAGGGCCAGGCUCAGGCCCGAAUCCGGAACCUGGAAGACAGUUUGUUCACACUCCAGUCCCAGCUGCAGCUGUUGCAAAGUGCGUCCACAGGUGCCCAGCACAUGCCCUCAGGCAGGCCCAGCUGGCGCAGACAGGGUCACCGUCCUCUCUCCCAGUCCAUUGUCGAGGCAGUUUCUGUAGGCCAGACUGAUCUGAACAAGAGAGCCUCCCUGCCAGCCGGACUAGUGGGCACGCCUCCAGAGUCCCCUUCUGAGCCCAGGGAGGAUGUCAUGGGGUUUCUGCCAGCCCCGAGGCAGGUCCCCAGGGCAGCAGGGGACUCCUCAGAAGCCAACGGCCCAUGCCCCAGCCCCAUCCCCACUCCAGAGCAGGGGCUAAGUCAGAGGGCGGUGCCAUCUGAAGGGCAGGUGGGCGAGGCCAAAGGAGGGGGCGUAGUGAGCGUGGUGUGGGAAGGGCUGAGGGCCACAGACGACUGUGCCACAGGGGCCACGGGCCCCGAGCUGGAGGCUAAGGUGGAGGAAGUGGUGCUGGAAGCCAUUGGAGACAGGAAGGGAGCUGGUAGCCUGGAGCUCCCGGCCUGGGUAAAGGAGGAGAGGGGCAUCGUGGAGGUGGUCUGGGAGGGGGUGGGCGGCAGCGAUGCAGAGGCGGUGGGGGAGGUAGGCACGGUCCCUGAGGUCGUGCAGACCAGCUUGCCUAGGCUCCAGGAGAGAUUAGAGGCAGCAGCUUCCAUAGAAGGGGAAGAUGUGCCCCGGGGCAGCCCUGAGGGUGACGGGCAGGGAGGCUCUGGAGGAGAGGAGGGAUCCUUCAUUUGGGUGGAGAGAGUGACUCUCAGUGAAGAGUGGGAGGAGCUGCUGGUGGAGGGGUUGGAAGGGCCCGAGGUGGCAGGGAGGGAGAGAGGAGAUGAAAGCCCGCUGGGGGCCGAGGGGGCCGAGACGGGAGGAGGCGAGGAGACCUGGGAGGCAGAGAAGAGAAAAGCGGAAGAAUCCAUGGGAGUAGGAAGUGAGGAAAAGCCAGGGACAGGGAGGGAUGGAGCGGAGAUGUCGCCGGUGGUAGAGAGGAAAGGAGGAGAGAAGAAGUUGGAGCUGGAGAGCAGAGGAGGUGCAGAAAAGCUGGGAACAGAGAGGGAAGGAGUUGAGGAACCACUGGGCGUAGAGAGAAAAGCUGAGGGACAUUUGAGGGCAGAGAAGGAAGGAGAUGAGGAAAAGCGAGGGGCAGAGGAGGAGGAAGUAGAAGAACCAUUGGGAGUAGAGAAGAAAGGAGGUGAGGAAGAGCCAGAGGCAACCGAAGAACCACUGGAGGCAGAGAGAAAGGGAGGGGAGGAGACACUGGAGGCAGAGAGAAAGGGAGGGGAGGAGACACUGGAGGCAGAGAAAAGGGGAGGUGAGGAAUCAUUGGAGACAGAGAAGACCCAAGGGACCGAGGGAGAUCUGAAUCUAGAACAACAGGGGUCCAGGGAAGGAAGUGAAUCCCAGGCAGAGGAGGUGAAUGAGGCAGGGCCUCCCCUUGAGGCUAACACGGAGACAAGGCCAGAGGAGGAAGGACCCCAGCCCCAGGAGAAGCCAGUAGGAGCCCCGGAGGAGGAAGGAGUGAAGCCCCAAACCGCUGCUGAGGGCCAAGGCCCCUUGGGGGAUGCCACACCCCUUCUGGCAGAGACCCCAGCCCCAGAGCAGCCCACCGAAUGCCAGCCACUGCUUCAGGGGGAGGGGCCCAGCGCCAACCCCAGUGCCCACCCUGUACCCACCUAUGCGCCUGCCCAGCAGCCUGAGCCAUCUGCGCCCACCGAGGGUGAAGAGGCAAGCGGCCCUAAGCAAAAGACGUGCCAGUGUUGUGAGGUCAUGUGAACCCACGCCCCUCCACCCCAUGUCCAGCUCCUCUCACAGCUACCUCGGCCUCUUGGCACCCAGAAGAGGGUCCCAGGUGCAGACAGGGUACCACAGGACUGGCCGUGGCACCUGGGAGCCAGCUAGCCUGCACAUCCACCUACACCUGGGCUUCCAGACCCCUUGCCCACUGCCUGUGACCCUGGCCUCCUUCUGCGAUGAAGCCUUUAUACUUGAAAAUAAAACGUGAAAGCACUC